CCAGGGAGACAGAAGGCAGCGAACCUUCUAGGAUGCGAGUUUGAUUAAUUCGCCAUUAAAAGAAGAUUUAGGGAAAGGAGUUAGGUAGCUGGGACCAAACCCCAGAAGGCAGAGUAUCAAUCAAUCAAUCAAUCAAUCAAUCACUUAAAUGCAAUCCCCUGCUCUCUUUGGAAGUCGAAUUAUGUGAAAGACACUCUCAGGAGGAAAUCUGGCACUAAUGGAACAGCAUGGGCCUCUGCCUGUGAAGUGUGGUUGAUAUCUCGGAGCUGGUGCAAAAAAAAACCUUGCCUGUUUUUUUUAAUCUUCUUGGGUACAACAAACAGAAAAUGCCCUCUUGACAUUUAAGAGCUCAGCAAGUUCCAGGCUGUUGAUUCAAUGACAGCUCAUCCCAACGAUCGCUAACUGCUCUGCGAAGGAAUCUCAAUUCUUCAGUCGGUUGCAAAUCAGAGAGAAAAAAAAAUGCUUCUAAAGGAAUAUUUGCUUAUUAGCUUGGCGGCUGUUUCCUUAACUCAGGCGAUACCGUGGAAAGUCAGAUGCCCGCAUUUGUGUGUGUGUGAGAUAAGGCCUUGGUUUACUCCAAGGUCGAUGUACAGGGAGGCUCCUACAGUAGACUGCAAUGACUUUAUGAUGUCUCAAAUCCCAGACAACCUGCCCGAAGGAACACAAACUUUAUUACUGCAGAGGAACAGAGUGGAUAAAGUCACGUCGAGAGAGCUAAGUUACCUGGUGAACCUGACUGAGCUAGACCUGUCCCAGAAUGCUUUCUCCAGGAUCGAAGACUUCACCUUGAAAAACACAUCACAGCUCUUGGUGCUCCACUUAGAAGAGAACCAGCUGACUGAGCUAUCGGAAGAUUGUUUUUCCGGCCUCACCAACCUUCAGGAACUCUACUUAAACCACAACCAGCUGAGCACCAUUUCUGCCGGAGCCUUCAGGGGGCUGCAGAACCUCCUUCGACUCCAUCUUAACUCCAAUCGAUUGAGAAACCUUGACAGGCUUUGGUUUGAAGCCGUACCCAGGUUGGAGAUCCUGAUGGUAGGAGAGAAUACAGUGGACGUGAUCCAGGACAUGAACUUCAGGACUCUGACCAACCUGCGAAGCUUGGUAUUGACUGGAAUGGGCCUGAGGGAAAUCUCAGACUAUGCCCUUGAGGGCCUGGAGAACUUAGACAGCAUUUCGUUUUACGAUAACAAGUUGGUCACGGUGCCUAGGAUGGCACUACAGAAAGUCCCCGGUCUCAAGUUUUUGGAUCUGAACAAAAAUCCCAUUCAAAGGAUCCAACAGAACGAUUUCACUGACAUGCUUCAGCUCAAGGAGUUGGGUAUCAACAACAUGGAGGAACUGAUCUCCAUCGAUAAGUUCGCUUUAGACAAUCUCCCAGAACUGACCAAACUGGAGGUGACCAACAACCCCAAGCUUUCGUACAUUCACCCCAAUGCAUUCCGCCUCAUUCCUCAAAUGGAAACCCUCAUGUUGAACAACAAUGCGCUGAGUGCCUUAUACAAACAGACCAUCGAGUCUCUGUCCAAACUCCAGGAGAUCAGCAUCCACAGCAACCCCAUCCGAUGCGACUGUGUCAUCCGUUGGGUGAACACCAACGAGAACCACAUCCGCUUCAUCGAGCCGCUGUCCACCUUCUGUGUGGAGCCACCGGAGUUCAAAAGACGGAAUCUGAGAGAUGUCCCUUUCAGGGAAAUGGCCGACCGCUGCCUCCCUCUCAUCUCCUCCGGCACGUUUCCCUCGCACCUCGAUGUGGGAGUCUCAGAAUCAGUCUCUCUUCACUGCCGGGCUUUUGCUGAACCCGAUCCGGAGAUUUACUGGGUGACUCCAUCCGGUAACAAGCUUCUGGCUUACACCGGCACCAGCAAAUACAGAGUGCGGCCUGAAGGAACUCUGAGGAUCUUAAACGUGACGCUGGGUGAAGCCGGACUCUAUACCUGUGUGGCUCACAACCUGGUUGGGGCUGACACCAAAAGUGUUGCCAUCAGAGUGAAUGGAUUCUUUCCAAACGGUAAUGAAAACAUUGAGUUCUACGCGCAGGAGGUGGGAACGCACCACAUCCAGGUCUCAUGGACAACCACCUCGAACAUCAUAUCGUCAAAUAUCACUUGGUCCACCCUGGCAAACAACAACAACAACAAUAGUUUGCAAUCCGCCUUCUCAGCUCGGCUCCUAGCUGGCAUUCACAGAUAUAACCUGACUCAUCUACAGCCCCUAACUGAUUACUCCAUCUGUCUCCGUGUGUCGAGUGCGAGUCUCCACGCUGAGAUAUCCUGCAUCAAUAUCAGGACCAAAGCCACCACCUUUCCCACUGUGGCCAGCGAGGCAAGAACACAAUUUGUCACGGGCUUGGCUUCCUGCGUGCUGUUGGUGGCAAUAAGUAUCUUAGCCCUUCACAGUUUCAGGUCCACAAGAAAGACACUCAACACAGAGCAUGGCCCUUUGACAAUAUGCAUGCAGAAUAAGGAUUCAUCUCUCUCCCUCCACAUUAUCUAUCCUCCAUUCGUCAAGCACUGGGAGCCGGAGAGUAACCCGGACAAAACGAUAGCACUGGAAAUUCAAUCCACCGUUCUGGGCUCUCCUGACGCCAAACACGACGAAGCCAAUUGAGGCAACGGUGAAAGAGCUCGGGACAGCAAGAGCCAGCGAGGCGAUGGGACCACAUUAUCAUUGUGGGGACUUCAGCCUAAAACCGGUCAAAGGAACAUCCAAGCGGUGUGACCACUGAGACAACAGGAAACUGAAACAAGAAUUAUGGUCCCUAGAUUCUUUUUAGACUAAGAAGACCAAGUGUUUUGUAGGACGCUCCCUUCUCUGUCCCAGCUGAUGUUAAUGUCUUGUUUCUGUGCCGGGUUUCUGGGCUCCAUUUAACAGGAAGCGUAUAUUAAAAAAANCACACAGAUCCAAGGGUUCAGAAGUGUGCUCGGUUUCUUAUGUAAACGCGUUUGUGGCCGUAUUGAUGGGAAAUGUGCUGUUUCGAAGACUUGGAAUUCGACUCGGAGCCUUUACAACAAUUUUAUACAGGGAAGUAUGUGCAUAUUUUUAUAAGUUCAGACUGUAAACAUCAGAUAAAAGGUUCUGGCCUCCUGUGUUUGAUCUAUCGCUAAGAAGGAGAUUCACAAUGUCGUUCCUAUUUAAGCCCCUUUAAGUAUUUGAGAGAAACUGUAGCAGCUUUCAGACUAUGGCAUCGUUUUUUCUACCAUUGCUACGUUUAACUAAUUUUCUGUAGAUUUCCUGUAUCGCUGAUUACUGAUUAAAAUGCUGGAGGUGGAAAAGCA